AAUAAUAUUCUCUCCCUUCUCUUUCGAUAUCCUCCCGAUUCUCUCUCCUGUGUUUUUCCGUAGCUUCUUGGAUGGGAAGAGCAUUUUCUCUGCAUGGCCAACAUUUCAGUAGCUCAAACUAUAACCUCCGUAAACGAUGUUCUUCUCCAGAUUCAGGAUGUUCUGCUCGAUAUUUUUUUAAAAGUAGCUAAAAAAGCUCCGAAGGACGCUGUGUCUUUCAGUUGUUCAUCUACUACCUUAAACCGAAUACUGAGAAAUCUUGCUGUCGUGAAGAUGUUGAACAUCGACUCGUUCGUUAAAGAUCCCACUUUAAUUGUUCGAUACCCUAUUUUUUUCGAGUCAGCAAUCAAAUCCGGGAACCCUAUUGCACUGUACCUCCGAGGUAUGUCCCGGGUCAUUGUUGAUUUCGAUAUUUUAGGUUCUCUUACUUUCUUCAAUCAGGCAUCCAAGGGUGGCGUUGACGCGGCGACUCUAAUGGCUGCAAUAUGUGCUACUGCAUGUGGCCACUAUCCGUUCGGACUAGAGAUGUUAGACCGUAUAGAUCUGUGGAGAAACCGCAUGUGCCACAUGAUUCAGAUUGGUGAGGAUGUCAUGGACACAGCAAAAUUAAUGGUAGUUGAUGACCGAUGCAAGUUGCCUCAGGUCUUGACCGACUUCCCUAGAUGCCGAUGGAAAUAUCACCUCAUGUGCUGCGAGCAGUGGUACCUGUACACCCAGUACCAAAUUGCCAGAUUCGUGUUCGAUCCAAGAUGUUAGAUAUGUGUUCGAUCCUUAUUUUGUAGUCUGCUUAGGUAGUUGUCUACUUUAUGAUUGUCAUAGGGUACUACUUCUAGACGUUUACCUUAGAAAAGAUAUUUUAUCUUGUAACCUUUUAUUUUCUGCGAAGUAGUACGAUAUUUUUGUAAUUGUCUACCGAUAUUUCAUGUUAUGGA